CGGUCGCCGCCGCCAUCGCCGCCAUGGCCUGGGGCGCCUCGCUCGCCGAGUGCCUGCGCGAGUGGGAGGAGCUGCAGGACGGCUACCAGCGCAUCCAGGACAACCACAAGCUGUACAAGCAGAAACUCGAGGAGCUGACCAAGCUCCAGGAUGGGAUCUCCAGCUCCAUAGCCCGGCAGAAGAAGCGGCUGAAGGAGCUGUCGCUCUCCCUCAAAAAAUGCAAACCCCAGGCGACUCCCGAGCAGGAAUCGUCCAUCCAAGAGACCCAGAGCCUGAUUAAAGAGAGGCAGAACGUUUUCUUUGAGAUGGAGGCCUACCUGCCAAAGAAGAACGGGUUGUACCUGAGUCUGGUGCUCGGCAAUGUGAACGUGACACUGCUCAGCAAACAGGCCAAGUUUGCAUAUAAAGAUGAGUACGAGAAGUUCAAGCUCUACCUCACCAUCAUCCUGCUCAUUGUCUCCUUCUCCUGUCGGUUUGUCCUCAACUCCAGGGUGACAGACGCCGUCUUCAACUUCCUCCUGGUGUGGUACUACUGCACCCUCACCAUCCGUGAGAGCAUCCUCAUCAACAACGGCUCCAAGAUCAAAGGCUGGUGGGUUUUCCAUCACUACAUCUCCACCUUCCUCUCAGGUGUCAUGCUGACGUGGCCAGAUGGGCUCAUGUACCAGAUGUUCAGGAACCAGUUUCUCUCCUUCUCCAUGUACCAGAGUUUUGUGCAGUUCCUGCAGUAUUAUUACCAGAGUGGCUGCUUGUACCGGCUGCGAGCGCUGGGAGAGAGGCACAACAUGGAUCUGACUGUGGUUCUGGCAGCUCUACAACGCCAUCACCCUGUUCCGCAUGAUCCAGCACCCCGAGUGCAAGGAGUGGCAGGUCCUCAUGUGCGGCCUCCCCUUCUUCAUCCUCUUCCUGGGCAACUUCUUCACCACCCUCCGUGUCGUCCACCAGAAGAUUCAGAACAAGAACCAGGACACAAAGGAGAAUUGAAGUGGGGCAGUGUGGGGGCCUGGACUGUUUCUCCCCACCAGCUCCAUCCCCUAUCCCCCUCUCCUCAAUUCCGUCCGGACUCUGGUGUCUCAUCCCAUUCCUCGGAGGCCUGGAUGUGGGACAGAUCUUGGGGCCUGCUCCUGGACAGUCCAUGUGCUCAGCACGGGGCUGGAUCCGUGCUGGAGUCACUCACCUGGAGUCAGGAGCACCCUGCACCUCCUCUCCUGGCUGCCUCCCACAUCCAAACAGCGGGAUGCUUGGGACAGCCACUCCCCUCCCUUUUCCUGGGAUGUUCUGUGGAUGUCCCCACCCCAGUGGGACAGGGCAGAGCCUCACACGGCUCCUGGGCUGCUCCAGGCCCCCCUUGUCCCCCCAGCCCUGCACCCAGGGCAGCCCCUGUGUGUUGAGGGCACUCCAGGGGUGUCCCAGCUCCUUCCUCACCUUCAAUCCAGAGGGAAGGGCUGGGAGCAGCAGGAGCCUGGCCCAGGCCUUUCGCUGGAGCUGUGCAAGCAGCGCCCUGGGCUGGCAUCUCCUGAGGCUGCACGGCUGAAAAUAAAGGGAAGGAGCUGCCCUGGCUCACCAGGACAGUCUGGGAACAGCUUCCACACUCUGCUCUGCAGCUUUGGGUCAUCAGGAAGUGGGUCCUGACACAACCUCCCUGUGAGGAGGGUGGAGGUGGGGGUCAAUAGGACAAUUGUCACAACAGGACAAGAGGAAACAGCCUCAGGUUUCACCAGGGGAGGUUUAGAUUGGUUAUUGUCUUCACAAAAAAGGGGUGUCCAGCCCUGCCAGGGGCUGCUCAGGGCAGUGCUGGAGUCUCCAUCCCUGCAGGGAUGUAAAAGCCAUGUAGGUGUGGCAGCUGGGGACAUGGUUGAGUGGCUGGUGUGGCAGUGCUGGGUUAAGGGUUGGGACUCAAUGAUUUGGAGGGGUUUUCCAGCCUAAAUGUGCCCAUGAUUUUAUGAAAAGUCAUCUCCCUGUGCCCUUCCACCAGCCUGGGCUGCAGGCAGGGCUCCUUCCUGUGGCACCCGAGUCUGCACAGGCUGUGGCCAGAACUGUGGCCAGCCAAGGAGCUCGGUGGAACCUCAGUGUCCCUGGAGGUGGGGAAGAGCCACCCUGCACCAGCAGCGGGAGCUCUGGAAGAACCAAAGAGCAGGUUGGGCACAGCUGCACCCCAGUCCAGAGCCCCCCACUGCCACCCUCCCUCCCCUCCCACAGCCCAGCACUCGGGGUAGGGGCUGCCCCCAGCUCAGCCUAAACCCAGAGCUGCCACCACAUCCCCAAAUUUCCUCCCAGUUACCAUUGACUGCUCCUCCUGCCUCCUUC